AUGAGCAUCAAUCUUUCCCACCCUGCUGUCCUGCAUCUUUGCUAUGAGAGUGUGAAUGGAUCUUGCUUUAAAACUCCCUACUCACUCGGAUCCAGGGUGAUUCGGUACUCAGCGUUUGGCUUAGCCUCUUUGCUGGCUGUGUUUGGAAACCUCCUGGUGAUGACUUCAGUUUUUCAUUUCAAGGAGCUGCACUCUCCUGCCAAUUUCUUGAUCGCCUCUCUGGCUUGUGCUGACUUCCUGGUGGGGGUGACCGUCAUGCCCUUCAGCAUGGUCAGGUCCGUGGAGAGCUGCUGGUACUUUGGAGCCAGAUUUUGUACCCUGCACAGUUGCUUUGAUGUGGCAUUUUGUUACUCUUCUCUUUUCCACUUGUGCUUCAUCUCCAUCGACAGGUACCUUGCUGUUACUGAUCCUCUGGUCUAUCCCAGCAAGUUCACGGUGCCUGUGUCAGGGAUGUGCGUCAGCGUCUGCUGGAUCCUGCCCAUUGUAUACAGUGGGGCUGUGUUCUACACAGGUGUCAAUGACGAUGGGAUGGAGGAAUUAGUAGGUGCUCUCAAGUGUGUAGGUGGUUGUCAAAUUGUUGUAAAUCAAGACUGGGUUUUGAUAGAUUUUCUGUUAUUCUUCAUACCUACCCUCGUAAUGGUAAUUCUUUACUGUAAGAUUUUUCUAAUAGCUAAACAACAAGCUAUAAAAAUUGAAAAUACUGGUAGCAAAGCAGAGUCAUCCUCAGACAGUUACAAAUCCAGAGUGGCCAAGAGAGAGAGAAAAGCAGCUAAGACCCUGGGUAUCAUGGUGAUAGCAUUUAUGAUUUCAUGGUUACUGUAUACAAUUGAUACGCUAGUUGAUGCCUAUAUGGGCUUCAUAACGCCUGCCUAUAUUUAUGAGAUCUGCUGUUGGGGUGCUUAUUAUAACUCAGCCAUGAACCCUUUGAUUUAUGCUUUAUUUUAUCCUUGGUUUAGAAAAGCCAUAAAAAUUAUUUUAAGUGGAGAAUUUUUAAAGGAUAGUUCAUCGACCAUUAGGUUAUUUGCAGAAUAA